CGCCAAAUGAUCGGUGUAACACACGGACCAGGUGGUGCGGUUGUGAAGCUCCUUAGCCAGAUUGCCUUUUCCGUUGCCCUGCAUGCACAUCGCCGCCGCCGUCGCGUCGCUACUCCUGGCGCCCGCCGCCGCCGCGUCGUACCGCAACGUCGCGUACUUUACCGAGUGGGCGCCCGAGAUGUUCAACUACAACGUCAACGCGCUCGACGGCAGCCGGCUCACGCACAUCAACUACGCGUUCGCGCUGCCCGAAGCCGACGGCAGCCUCCGCUUCACCAACGCGUCGGCGGCGUUUGGCUCGGCCGUCGGUGAUCCGACGUCGCUUCAAGGCAACUUUGGCCAGCUCAUCGCCUUCAAGCGGGCGAACCGCCAGACCAAAGUGUCGCUCUCGAUCGGCGGCUGGGGCAACGGCGACGCCUUCCCCGGCAUUGCCGCGUCGCCCUCGCUCCGCGCCACCUUUAUCGCCAACGUUCUCGAUGUGCUCGUCAACCUCGGCCUCGACGGCGUCGACUUGGACUGGGAGUACCCGACGGGCGCCACCGACACGGCCAACUUUACCACGCUCAUGCGCGAACUCAAGGCGGCGCUCAACCAGCUGUCCUUCCGCGCCGAGCUUACGUUUGCGGCGCCCGGCUUUGACAAUGAUUUGGGGCCGCACCUCGCAACGCUCUGCACCAUCGUCGACGCCAUCAACCUCAUGACGUAUGACUUUUCCGGGUCGUGGAGCCGCGUGUCCGGGUACUCGGCCAACUUGUAUACGGACGCCAAGGCGCCGGGCGACAUGAAGCUCUCGGUAGAUGCUGCGGUUCAGUACUAUCUCCAGAAAGGUUGUCCUGGCACCAAGCUCGUCAUGGGUCUUCCGCUCUACGGCACGUCGUUUGAGAACACGCCCGGACUCUACCAGUCGUUUGCGACGCCGACCGUCGGUGACAACGGCGCCGCUGGCUCGUGGCGCUAUAAGAGUCUUCCGCUGGCCGGCACGACCGAGCAAGUCGACACGACGACGAUGGCUACGUACUCGUACAACCCGUCGACCAAGAUGUUGAUCACGUACGACGGCCCGGCUACGAUUGCUGCCAAAAUGCAGUACGUUCAAAAGUACAAGCUCGCCGGCGCCAUGUUCUGGGACGCAUCCGGUGACGCGGACGCGGGCUCCGCGCGGUCGCUCGUCUCGGCGGUCGUCUCGAACCUCGGCGCUGGCAACAUGGACAGCGCGCAAAACACCAUUACGUACCCGACGUCGAUCUACUCGAACGUUCGCAACGACGGUCGCCCGACGCUGCAGCUCUACACGUCCCGCGGCCUCGCGAUUUCCGAGUGGAACGGCAUGCUGUACGCCAACACGCCCCGGCACAACCUCAACGAGCGCUUCGAGUAUGACGCGACGACGUAUCUCCUCAAGUCGCUCAGCGGCAACGCCUGCCUCGACGCCUACCCUGAUGUGUCCAAAGCGGCGGGCUAUGCGCUUCAUACGUGGAGCUGCGACGCGUCGAAUGGCAAUCAGAAAUGGAAGAUCGACGCCCAAAACCACCGACUCGUGCAUGCAACGCACCCGAAUCUGUGCGUCGACGUCGACCCGAAUGACGCGUCGCACGGAGUGCAGGUCUGGCAGUGCCACGCGCUCAACAACCUCAACGCCAACCAGUGGAUUGGUCUCCCGACCGAGCGCGUCACGAUCGCCAACAAGCAGCGCGUGCUCGCGGGCAACGCCGAUGCUGGCACCGUCGCGUUUGCUGAUAGCACCAACCAGCACUGGAUCGUCGAUAACGUGCACCAGACGGUCGCGCUGAGCACGACCGGUCUCUGCCUCGAUGCGUACCAGGGCUGGAACGGCGGGGCGGUUCACCUCUAUUCGUGCAGCCAGAGCAACACCAAUCAGAAGUGGACGUACGACAGCGCGACGCAGCAACUGCGCCACGUCAAAUUCUCUGGCUUUUGCCUAGACAUGGGUAGCGCGUCUGGUACCAACCCGCAUCUGUGGUCAUGCCACGCCGCCAACAGCCCGUACAUCGGCCUCCAGCAGUUUACCUACGCGUCGGUCGACUAUCCCUUUAUGAACUAAGUUCAUCCUACCAUCCUACUACAGACCUGCAAUCGCAGCGGGUUGAAUACAAGUACUUUCCUUCGA